UGAUACAAUAAUUGCACCACAAAUACACACAAACAAAAAAAUUGCCAUGAAGCCUACAUUAGUUACCACCCUUUGCUUCCUCCUCUUUUCCUUCACCACCUACUUUCCAUUACCCUUUACACAUGCUGGUAUUAUCGUCAAAGAUAUAUAUGGGAAACCUGUUGUUCCUAGUGGAAGCUACUUUAUUUGGCCUGAUUACUUAGUAAGUGGUGGUGAAUUGAGGCUUGGUGUAACAGAAAAUUCAACAUGUCCAUUUACUGUACUUCAAGAUUAUUCUAACUAUGGUCAUGGCUUUCCAGUGAAAUUUACCCCACAAAAUCAAACAAGUAGUGACGAUCCUAUCACUUUAGGCUUGCAUUUGGACAUUGCAUUCGAUUACAAGCCAGUUUGUGCAGAAUCCACCAAGUGGUUGGUGGUUGAAGCAGAAAAUGAGUACCCUACACCAUGGCUGGCUAUUGAUGGUACUGGAAAGAAUGUUUAUGAUGAUGGUUGGUUUGAACUUAUUGCAUACGAGAGAACCGGAUAUCUUAUCUAUUUCUGUCACAAGUUAUCUUCUACACGAGGUGAAUGUCGUUAUAUUAGUAGGAAGAAUGACAAAAAUGGAAUGCGUUUGGUCUUUGAUGAUGGUGAUUACUUAGCAGCGGUAUUCGUUAACGUUGAUGAUAUUGUUAGAGCUCGAGGAUCAUCAAUAGUUAAGAAGGACCGCGCAUUCACGCUACCUAUGAUCUGAAUGCGUGAAUGUGUGUUUUCUUUUGCCCGCUUCUAUGUCUUUUCUUCUGUUCUUGCUUGAAAUGUUCUGUAUUUUUCUUUGUUGUUUCUUGUUCUCUUCAUCCAUGUAAUGAGUUUAAGUACUCUUUGUAAUCGUAUCUCAAUUUCAAUAAUGGGUUAACAGUGUUUUACCUCA